CUCGUUACGUAUUAGCAGUAUUAGGCUCCAUAGGAAUGGCCAUUAUUUAUGGCCUAAAGGUGAAUUUAAGUGUAGCCAUGGUGGCAAUGCUUAAUCAUACUGCAAUCAGAAAUGACAAUGUUGAUCUUUCACAUAACAUAAAUGAUAAUUUUGCGAAACCUGUUGAAAAAUGUCAACCACCAGACGGCGAUACCGACGAUUAUAUUGCCAUAUUGGAGGAUGGUCCUUUCGAUUGGAGCGGUCCUUUGCAAGGAACUCUACUAAGCUGCUACUUCUGGGGUUAUUUGAUAUCUCAAAUUCCGGGGGCACGAAUAGCUGAAAAUUUUUCGGCAAAAUGGGUCAUGUUGACAGCCGUAGCAAUAAAUGGUUUUUGUACCAUCUUGACUCCUAUAUUUACUAAAGUCCAUUACGUGGGUUUAAUUUUUAUGCGUGUUUUGGAGGGCAUCGGUGGUGGCGUCACUUUUCCGGCUAUGCAUUGCACAUCAUUUGGUACAGCGGUCUCUAUACUUAUGGCGGGAUUUCUAUCCGAUAAUUUUGGCUGGGAGUCAAUUUUCUAUGUUAUGGGUGGUCUUAGCUGUAUAUGGAUGAUUUUAUGGAUUUGUUUUGUUCAAGAUAACCCUAAUGAACAGCGUUUUAUCACUGCUGAUGAAAGAGAAAUGAUUAAUAGCUCCCUGGGUCAGAGCAAAGAAAAUGCCAAAGAAGGUCAUCCACCGACACCAUGGAACCAAGUCCUAACAUCGAUACCAUUUUGGGCCAUUUUAAUAGCGCACUGCUGCAGUAAUUGGGGCUGGUAUAUGUUCUUGAUUGAGAUACCGUUUUAUAUGAAACAAGUCUUGGCCUUAAACGUAACCAGUAAUGCUAUGGCUAGUGCUAUGCCUUAUUUCCCUCUAUUAAUUUUUAGCAUAAUGCUAGGCAAAAUCUUAGACACACUCAAAGCGAAAGAAAAAAUUACUACGACAGCGGCUCGUAAAAUUUCCACCACUAUUGCUUCAGCUAUACCUAUGUUAUGCUUAUUAAUCCUAUGCUAUAUAGGAUGCCGACAUGCCUGGGCUGUUGCCAUUAUGACUAUUGGUAUUGUAUCUAUGGGUGCCAUGUUCUCGGGUUUCCUUUCUAAUCAUAUUGAUAUAGCUCCAAACUUUGCCGGCACUUUGGUGGCUUUAACCAAUACUGUAGCAACGUUGCCCGGCAUAAUUGUACCCAUCUUUGUAGGCUUUAUAACGAAAGGAAAUCAAACAAUUGCUGCUUGGCGGAUAAUAUUUUUUGUUACUAUGGUUUUAUUUGUUAUCGAAUUCUUGGUGUAUAUCAUUCUCGGAUCAGGUGAAGAGCAACCAUGGAAUAAGAAAAAUCAAACAAAUGAUUCGGAAAAUACUCCGCUACGAAACAAAGAAAACACUUCUUAAAUACACUGGCAAUUAUUAUAUACACCUGUAAAUUUAUAUACAAAAAAUAUACAAACAAAUUAUAAAAAACAACUACCUCUUCGAAAGAAAAGCAGUGCUUGGUG